UGUUCUCCCCACCUAACAGCAGGCAUUAGAGUGAUGGAAAUUUGAUCAGCUCUCUCCCAUUCACUUAACACCGACCGCAAGCAUUUAGCCAGUGGUCGAAGGGGAAGUCUGUAUAAAUAUCAGCGAGACACCGCAGAUCUCUGAGUAGAAGGUUUGAGAGCUGUGCAUCUGUGUGAGACUGGAAAUAUUACUAUGGAUUUACUGCCAUUGCUUGUGUUUCUACUGCUCUGCGCUGUCCAUCCGACCUUUACAGCUGUCCUGGGUAGAAACACAGAAUCCAAAAACCUCUUCACGGAACGCGCGUGCUGCAGACGACAGAGUCACGUGAUUUACAUCGGAAAAGAUAUUUCUGGCAGUCCUGUAAAUGUCGAUGUUGGCGUGUGCAGAACGCACUGUGGCCAAUCAACGCGUUCAACAUCAUUUGAAGCUUGGGCCUCCAAAUAUUCCUCAAUGCUUGAUUUCCUGCGGAACAAAAAGAUGAGAAGUUCGGAGCCAUCACCAUUCUCAGGGACUGCAGACCCGAUCCGUGGUUCUCCGUCCUGUGGCCUGAGCUCCACCUGUGAGCCUGCCGGGAUCCGUGUGGACCGAGUGAUGCUUUUUGAAGGUCUGCGAGAGGUUGAGAUCAUUCAGGACUGCCACUGUGAAGCCAAAAUGACUCAGUGUGUGCGAGCACCGGCACUCAAAACCUACUACUCAGAGACCCCAUAUGAGACGGUUGUAGAUGUUGGGAAAUGUGUGGGAAUUAAAGGUGCACCGGAAGGAUUUUCGUGCGUUCCCACCAAGUUUGAUUCCACCCUCAUUGAAACUCCGAACAAAGUGGAAUUGAUCCAAACUGUAGCUGAAUGUAAACUGAUGGAGGGCUGCUACCGGAUCCCAUAUGUGGAGUAUCAUUAUGAGAUCACAUACGACAACGACGGAGUCAAAGUAGAAACUCUCAGGGAAAUAGAUGUUGGCAGAUGUUUGGGGAGCUGCACCACAGGGAGUUGCUGUCUUCUCAGAAGUGCAUCACACAAAGGGGAAUGUUUGCUUCGGGCUGAAGGUCGAGGAAACGCUUGUGUUCCUCAAGACUACGAGAGCCACACUUUCCUCAGUCAACACGGCCAAAUCCGCACCGUACUGGCCAUCACUUCCUGUCUGUGUCAGUCUUAAACACACCGCCCACUACUGGAAGAUUGAAUCGACUGCAGUGAAUUCAGAAGAAAUUUCCCUCAAUGUUGCACGGCCCUCAUGUCAAACACUUUUUAAAAAUCAAGGUGCUUCACAAUGCCAUAGCAGUGGUCACCAACCCUGUUUCUGAAGAGUUCACCUCCAACCCCAAUUAAACACACCUGAACCUGCGAAUCAAGCUUUUCAUAGCUACCUAAAAAAUUAAAGGCAGGUGUGUUGACGAAGAGUUGAAACCAAAGUAUGCAUGAGGGUAGAUCUACAGGAACAGGGUUGGUGCCAUAAAAGAACCAUUUUUGGCUACAUGUUUCCAAUAAAGAACCUUUAGCAUUUCUGUUUCACAAGGUUCUUUGUUGUAAAAAGGUUCUUCAGAUUAUAAAAAUGUAAGAACGAACAUUUGACUGAACGGUUCUUUGAGGAACCAAAAGUGUUUCUUCUUUAAUCUUUCAAGCACCUUUAUUUUUAAAAAGCAAGAAGAUUUUUGGGGAAACGGAAAAAAAAGACAAUUUAAAGACACGCUGCAAGUAUGCUGCAGUUCACUGAUGCCAAACGUUUCUGUAAUAUAUGUAAAUUAUGUAAAAAUUUGUAAAUAAAAUCUAUGUCAUAACCAAAAAGCAGACUGCAGCCUAGUCUUUGGAUUAAAUGGCACCAUGAUAUGCAUAAAAAAACUAAGGAAAGUUAUACAUGCAAACCAUGUCACAGUUUUAAAUCACAUGACAAAUCAACCUAUAAUUAAGGCAUUAGCAAGCAAUGCAAAUGACAAAAGAGGUGUCAUAUUUAAAUUAGCCUAUACAAAAUAC